AUGGGCACACCGGCAGCCAAGGCAAUCUUUCAUGGUCUGAGAGGCAGCCCAAACACACCAGCAGCCAAGUUUCGUAAUAUCAAGAUUGUUUUGAAACAAGAGAAAAAGGCUUAUGUCCUGGAUGGUCUUGUUCCCAAGGAACCUAGCGAUGAUGCUACAAAUAAGGAAAAGGAGGCCUAUAGAGUUUAUAUGGAUGUUCUCGAUCAAGCCACAUGUGUGAUGUUGGCUAGUAUGGCUUUAGAUCUUCAAAAGCAACAUGAAGCUAUGAAUGCCCUGGAUAUUAUCCUAAACCUUAGAGAAAUGUUCGAUAAGGAAAGUCGCACAGAGAGAUUUGACAUUUCAAAGGAACUGUUUCGAUGUAAGAUGUCUGAGGGAAGCCCAGCAAGGCCUCAUGUGCUUAAGAUGAUAGGAUAUAUCACUCGACUUGAGCAGUUGGGUUGGGUUAUGGAUCAUGAUUUGAGCAUAGACCUUGUACUUUCUUUGUUACCAGAGAGCUAUUUAUAG